CCUUCCCUCCAUUUCUCAUUUGUAACCCACGUGCUGGAAAGCCAGGAGUCCUUUAUGCAGCACUUAUAAGUACUCUACGCUCAGCUCUCCCAUUUUCACAACUAGCCUUUUGCAAAAACCCUUGAUCAUAUUACAGUUGAGGAAAUACAUGGAGAAAACAGGCAUUCAGGAUCUAGGUGGAUCACCUCCUUUGCCUCCACCGCCAUCACAUAUUCCAACUGGAGUGGAUCCCGAACGAGUUGAGCCUCCAAAACUUGUUAUGAUUAGUAGGCCAGAUUUUGGCAAGAGCGGAAGGCGCAUACAAUUAGAGGCGAACCACUUCAAAGUUUCAGUGAAAUCUCCAGAUGAGAUAUUUUACCAGUAUAGUGUUUCCAUUAGUUAUGAGGAUAAGAAAGCUGUUGAGAGUAAGGGGAUUGGAAGAAAUAUAAUUGAUAAGCUCUAUCAAACAUAUUCCUCAGAACUUGCUGGCAAGAGGUUUGCAUAUGAUGGAGAGAAAGCCUUAUAUACUGUGGGGCCCUUACCCCGGAACAAGCAGGAGUUCACAGUUGUUCUUGAGGAGUCCAUAGCCAGAAGAGAAGGGAGCUCUGGUGAACCUAGUAAAAGAUCUAGGCAAUCUUUUCACUCAAAAUCAUACAUAGUAGAGAUCAACUAUGCUACCAAGAUACCGUUGAGGUCUGUUCUGCUUGCCCUCAAUGGAGAUGAGACUGAUAAGGUUCAAGAUGUGCUGAGGGUGCUUGAUAUUAUUUUAAGACAGCAAGCGGCUAAUAGGGGUUGCCUUUUGGUAAGGCAGUCAUUUUUCCAUGAUGAUUCAAGGGCGUUGGAUGAUGUUGGAGGAGGGAUAUCUAGGUGCUUUGGUCUUCAUUCUAGUUUUCGUCCAACUCAUGGUGGCUUGUCACUCAAUAUAGAUGUAUCGACAACCAUGAUCCUUACUCCUGGACCUGUACUUGAGUUUCUGAAAGUCAAUCAGGGUACAAGUGAUGCUCGUGCUUUAGAUUGGGUGAAGGCCAAGAGAAUGCUGAAAAACAUGAGGAUCAAGGCCGCACAUACCAACAAGGAAUUCAAGAUAAUAGGGUUGAGUGAUAAGCCUUGCAAUGAGCUAUACUUCUUAAUGAAAGGGAAAUAUGGAGAUGGUACCCAUGGACAAGAACAACCUGAGGAGAUCACAGUUUAUGAGUACUUUAGAAGACAUCGGAAUUUACAGCUAGAAACUUCUGCGUACCUUCCGUGCCUAGAUGUCGGUAAACCAAGAAGACCUAAUUAUCUCCCACUGGAGCUUUGUGGCCUUGUCUCUCUUCAGCGGUAUACGAAAGCACUAUCUUCUAUGCAAAGAGUAGCUUUAGUGGAAAAAUCCAGGGUGAAGCCUCAGGAGAGAAAAAAAAUUCUCACUGAUUCUAUGGGAAAGUAUCUGUAUGAUGAAGAUCCUCUCUUAUCUGCUUGUGGCAUUUCUAUUGAGAAACAGCUUAUGAAGUUUGACGGUCGUGUUCUUGAAGCACCAAAGUUAAAGGUCGGUGGUGAUGAAGAUUGCAUUCCCCAGAAUGGUAGAUGGAAUUUUAAUAGAAAGAGACUUAUGAAACCAAUGAAAAUAGAUUAUUGGGCAGUAGUGAACUUCUCUGCUCGUGAUAUAAGUCAGCUAUUACAAGGGCUGAUUAAUUGUGGAAGGAACAAAGGGGUUGUUAUUGAACGUCCAAAUACACUUAUUGAGGAAAAGCCCCAAUAUAGAAGAGCUAGCGCACUGGUAAGAGUGGAGAAGAUGUUUGAUCAGAUCAUGUCAAAGUUCGAUCGACCUCCCCCGUACCCUUUCAUCUUGUGUGUCUUACCAGAGAGAAAGAAUUCUGCUAUCUAUGGACCAUGGAAGAGGAAAUGUUUGGUUGAAUGGGGAAUCCCCACACAAUGUGUUUCUCCUGGGAAUGUUAAUGACCAGUAUCUUACAAAUGUUCUUUUGAAAAUAAAUUCAAAGCUUGGGGGUACUAAUUCUUUGCUAGCACUGGAGGUUGUUUCUCGUGUACCUAUAAUAAGAGACUCUCCAACUAUGAUAUUUGGCAUGGAUGUUUCUCAUGGCUCUCCUGGCCAAUCAGAUGUCCCAUCCAUAGCAGCGGUUGUUGGAUCUCAUUCCUGGCCAUUGAUAUCAAGGUAUAGAGCAGCUGUUAGAACACAAUCCCGUAAAGCUGAGAUGAUUGAGUCUUUGUUCAAACCUUUGCCAAAUGGAAAAGAUGAUGAUGGCAUAAUGAGGGAACUGCUUCGGGAAUUCUAUAAAACAACCAGUUGUCGCAAACCAUCUCAGAUCGUCGUAUUCAGGGACGGGGUCAGUGAAUCACAGUUUAGCCAAGUUUUGAACAUUGAGAUUGAUCAGAUAAUAAAGACUUAUCAGUUUCUUGGCGAGCCGAAUAUACCGAAGUUCACAGUGGUAGUUGCCCAAAAAAAUCAUCAUACUAAACUCUUUCAAGCAGUCGGUGACCAUGUGAAUGUUCCUCCUGGGACUGUUGUGGACACGGAAAUUGUGCACCCAAGAAAUUAUGAUUUUUACAUGUGUGCUCAGGCAGGGAAGAUUGGAACUUCUCGUCCUGCUCACUAUCAUGUUUUAAUUGAUGAAAUUGGUUUCUCAGCUGAUGAUAUGCAAAAUCUCGUCCAUUCCCUAUCAUAUGUGUACCAAAGAAGUACUACCGCAAUCUCCAUAGUUGCACCCGUCUACUAUGCCCACCUUGCGGCUACACAAGCGGGCAAGUUGAUAAAGUCUGAGGAAAGCAGCGAUACUUCUUCAGGACAUGGAAGCCACACAUCUGCCGCGAAUGUCCCUGUUCCUGAGCUGCCCAGGCUGCAUGAUAAUGUUGCAGGGUCUAUGUUUUUCUGCUGAUGCAUUUGCUCCCAUGAAAUGCUCGGAAUAACUACAAGUGUUACCAUAUGUUGAUGUUUUUGAAAAGAACUUGACUGAUUUUUGUUCUUGGAUUAUGACAUUAUCAAACUCUGUAUGCUCAUUUGGUUAGAGCAACUCAGCAACCUAUCUGUCCAUUGAGUCAACACUAUGUCUCAUGCUUGCUUUUUCCCCUUGAUUUUACUAUAAAUAGCGAAAUUUCAU